GCCACACUGAGAUUGUGGGGGCGUUGCUAAGCAACCGUCAGCUAACUGCUGAACGGACGUACGGGAGAAGAUAAAGAGCAAAUCAAGCUCGCGAAAAAACAUUAUUUUUAAAGAGACAAAUUCAGACAAGAUGUCAACAGAGGAAAAACAAGCGAAUAUCGGCAAAGUGCUCAGUUUUCUUCGAGAAUGGGACUGUGGUGACAGGACAGUCCGCAGCCGCAUCUUGAACACUUUCCUGAAUCAAAGCACAGGGAAGACGUUUUAUGAGCUGGAGCUGGAGUUUGCACAGGUUGCCAGCCUCUUCCUGGCUCGACUCACCACCUGGAUGAGACUCACAUACAUGUUUGGGACAUUCUUGGGACUGCAGCUUAAGGCAAUUGGGAUUUUCCUCUCUGCAUCAGGCCAUGAUCAGUACCUAAUGGAGUUCCUGGAGGAUGGAGGUGUUCUCACUCUCCUGGACAUCUUGAACCACAUUGAGACCAAAGAAGAGGAGAAGUCCAACGCCCUCCGUCUUCUGUUCACCAUCUCAAAUGCUGGUCGCAAGUACAAAGAGAUUAUCUGUGAAAGUCAUGGUGUGAAAUCCAUUGCACAGUGCUUAGCUAGGUCAAACACAGAUGAAAGCCAAGAGGCAGCAUGGGCCCUCCUGGAGUCCCUUUCGCAUGGAAACCCCAAAUAUCAAAACCAAAUCUACAAAGGUCUGAUUGCUCUCAUGACUUGUACCUCGCCUCCGGCCCAGCAGCUGGUCCUGCACACAUUACAGACUGUGCAGUCCAAAAUGAAAACAGCCCAUCACAGCAUUGUAGACCCACUGCUGUAUAUGCUCAGGUCCCUGCACCUGGAGAUUCAGAAUCAAGCUACAAAUCUGAUCCUAGACCUGAAGUGUUAUGAUGUGAGGCCAAUGUUGCUCAGUGGACUGGUGACUCUGCUGAGGCCUACUAAAGAAGAAGUGCAGCAGCACCACAAUAUGGAAGAGUCUGAUAUAAUCAAGAUGACUGGAUCUCUGCCUGUGUUUGUGCAACAAGCUGCUGCAGCUAAAACUAUACGCCUGCUGGCCGAAAACAGUCAAGAAGUUUCUCGUGAGCUUCUCUCUCUCAGAGUGAUCCAACAUCUUCUGUACGCUAUGGGCAACAGAGAACACACUGAUUCCCAAAUACAAGCCAGUCUGGCCUUGAAGCACUUUGUCUGCUCAUACCCAGUUAUUGAGGAACAUGUGCAGAGAGGCAUCGGCAGCACACUGUUUGCAGCCUUUAUGCACCAAGCUGACACUUUGUACAUGAAUAUGGAUGAAACACAAGCAGAAAUCCUGCUUACUAACAAGGUUAACAUCACUGUAGUUUUGGAUGGUGACCAACUCUGAAGGCUAAUAGGAGGGACAAAUCAACAUAAUAAUGUAUAUGAAUGUGGUUGGGUUAGCUCAGUAGGUAAAGCAGGCGCACAUAUAUAGAGGUUUACUCCUCCACGCAGCGGCUGCAGGUUCAACUCCGACGUGCGGCCCUUUGCUGCAUGUCAUUGCCCCUCUCUCUCCCUUUUCAUGUCUUCAGCUGUCCUGUAAAAUUAAAGGCUUAAAAAUGCCCCAAAAAAUAAACGUUUGA